GUGGCCGGUAACAUAGAGAAUAAUGGCACACGGUGCGAAGGAAAACAUGCGAGCUCCGCAACAUAAUUCAUUAUGGCAUAAUUUAGGAGGUUAUAGUUUAUUGAAAUUUACAAUUUUAGUCUUAGCCUAUAUCUUAGGAUUCAGCACGAGACUGUUUGCAGUAAUUCGUUUUGAAUCUAUCAUACAUGAAUUUGAUCCAUGGUUCAAUUAUAGAGCUACACAUUAUAUGGUAAAACAUGGCUUUUAUAAUUUCCUAAAUUGGUUUGACGAUAGAGCAUGGUACCCUUUAGGACGCAUUGUAGGCGGAACAGUUUAUCCUGGUUUGAUGAUUACAUCUGGGACAAUUCACUAUCUUUUAAGUUUAUUAAAUAUUACUGUGCAUAUUAGGGACAUCUGUGUUUUCCUUGCACCAAUGAUCAGUGGAUUAACAGCAUUGUCAACAUAUUUCUUAACAAAGGAGUUAUGGUCUGUUGGAGCUGGCCUGUUUUCUGCCUGUUUUAUUUGUAUUGUGCCUGGCUAUAUUAGCCGUUCGGUUGCAGGAAGCUAUGACAAUGAAGGUAUUGCCAUAUUUGCUUUGAUGUGUACAUACUACUUGUGGGUAAAAGCUGUGAAAACCGGAGCCAUAUUUUGGUCUGCUGUAUCAGCAUUAUCCUAUUUUUAUAUGGUUUCGGCUUGGGGAGGCUAUGUCUUCAUUAUCAACCUCAUUCCUCUGCAUGUCUUUAUGCUGCUGUUAAUGGGAAGAUUCUCUGUUAAAAUAUAUGUUGCAUACACCACAUUCUACAUUCUGGGCUUGUUAUUGUCAAUGCAGAUUCCUUUUGUUGGUUUUCAGCCUGUAAGAACCAGUGAACAUAUGGCAUCUGCUGGUGUGUUCAUUCUUCUAAAUGCGUAUGCAUUUUUAAAGUAUCUUCAGUCAUUCAUGACGCAGUCAGAGCUUAAGACUGUGUUUGUUUUUGCAGUAAUUGGCACUGGAAUUUCGGUGUUUUUAGGCGUUGUGAUUCUAACAUAUGCUGGUUUUAUUGCUCCUUGGAGUGGGAGGUUCUACUCCUUAUGGGAUACUGGAUAUGCAAAAAUCCACAUUCCUAUUAUUGCAUCAGUAUCCGAGCAUCAGCCCACCACCUGGUUUUCAUUCUUUUUUGAUUUGCAUGUUCUGGUUGCAACAUUUCCUGUUGGAUUAUGGUAUUGUAUUCAGAAUGUUAAUGAUGAGCGUGUUUUUAUUAUUUUGUAUGCCAUUACUGCUGUGUAUUUUGCUGGAGUGAUGGUUCGAUUGAUGCUUACAUUAACUCCAGUUGUGUGUGUUUUGAGUGCCAUUGCAUUCUCACAAGCAAUGGAAACAUAUCUUCAGGAUGAUGAGUGCCCUAAAACAUCUUUGUCUUCAAAUGAUAGUGAUUCAGAGGAAAGUGAUGGAACCCCUGACAAGAAAGGAAAAAAUAAUCUGUAUGACAAGGCUGGAAAAAUACGCAAAAUUAAAACUGAUCAGUCAAAAGAAAAUCAUGGCUUGGGUACAAAUCUGCGUAGCAUAGUUAUUGUGGUGCUAAUGAUGAUCUUAAUGAUGUUUGCAGUGCAUUGUACUUGGGUAACUAGCAAUGCAUAUUCGAGUCCUAGCAUCGUCUUAGCAUCAUACAGUUCUGAUGGAUCCCGACUGAUUUUAGAUGACUUCAGAGAAGCCUACUAUUGGAUAUCACAGAACACUGCAGAAGAUGCAAGAGUUAUGAGUUGGUGGGACUAUGGCUAUCAAAUAGCUGGAAUGGCUAAUAGAACGACCCUUGUUGAUAAUAAUACAUGGAAUAACAGUCAUAUUGCUUUAGUUGGAAAGGCCAUGGCAUCAAAUGAAAGUGCUGCGUAUGAAAUAAUGAAAACCCUUGAUGUUGAUUAUGUGCUAGUCAUAUUUGGUGGUGUGAUUGGCUACUCAGGUGAUGAUUUAAAUAAGUUCCUCUGGAUGGUGCGUAUUGCAGAAGGGGAACAUCCACGUGAUAUUAAAGAAAGUGAUUAUUAUACUAGUAGAGGAGAGUUUCGAGUAGAUGAACAUGGUUCUCCAACAUUACUUAACUGCUUGAUGUACAAGCUGAGUUAUUAUCGUUUUGGAGAAUUACAGCUUGAUUUUCGUACACCAUCAGGAUUUGAUCGAACCCGGAAUAUGGAGAUUGGUAAUAAAAAUUUUGAGCUGGAGCAUUUAGAAGAGGCAUAUACUACUGAACAUUGGUUGGUCAGAAUUUAUCGUGUGAAGAAAGAAAGCAACCGACCUUCCAUUCCAUAUAGCCAAAGAAAAAUUAAGUCUCAUAAUUUAUUUAUAUCAAAAAAGACUUCUAUGCGAAGGAGAGGAGUUAUAAAAAAUAGGCCUGUGGUUGUGAAAGGAAAAAAAAUUAGUCGAGUUUUAAAAUAGUUCUUUUUUAAAGUGGAGAAUGUGUGAACAUUUGCCUUUGCACCCAGAGGGUGUAAUGGUUCACUCAAAGAUCAGUGCCUCAUGACUGAUGCUCGAAAGAAUUUAAAACGAGCGUGAAAUUCCAUUUGUAUAAAAGGACCACAAAGGAACUGUGUUUUAUAUUUCAUAAUAAAGAAGUGCUGCAGUUGUGUUUAUAUCAUUUAGCAUCAAGAAAAUUUAUAUUGGUUUUGAAGUUUGAAGAUGGCAUCAUCAGUGUUUUAAAACUUGAUGUAUUUACAUCAAUAUUUUUGUUUUGGCAAUAUUCCUAAAUCCAUGCUCUUUCUGAAAUAAUUUUGAAUGGCAAUUAGAACUUAACAUGAAAAGCAAGUAUUUUUCAUAACUCGAAAUAAAUCUGUCAAAUUUCUUUAACCAAAACUGCCAUUCACAUACUUGUGCACAAUUAAUUUGAUAUUGAUUACAGCUAUAAUUCAGAAUUUUAUAUCUUGCUCUGUAAAAUUUAUCAUGCUUUUCAAAAUACUAAAUUUAUUGUAUUACUCAUGUGCACAGUACAAAUAAAAAGUAAACUUUAUACUGUU